GUGUGGAAUAUUAUCUAAUAAGUUAUUCAUUUUGUUGGAAGAAACUUAAUGACUGUUUAUGUUUGUAACCGUAGACGUGUGUGCAACAGGACCUAAUAUCACGUUAGCAUCAGGUAUGUUGUCGGUUUGCGUGCCUUUUUUCCCCAAUUGGCAUGCCGUACCUGACGUACAAAAUGGUACGUUCCACUUGCUCUCCGCCAAGUCCCGCCUCUACCCUGCCUUUGAUUGGCUAUCCCUAACCUUAACCAACCUAACCAGCGGAAGCAACAAUUGCUAGCCAAUCAGAGGGUGUACUGGCGGAAAACUGAUUGAAAGAAAACGCACGGAGAGAUUUGUCGUUUCGUUUAGCGACUCCUGAAAGUUUGCGGAAGUUUGUUUUUUCUGCUGAUGUUGAAGUCAACCGUCAAGAGGGUAAAAAUCAGAAAGACGUAUUUUUUGUUGUACAUGAAUAGAUGGACCUCCGUUCAGAGAAAAUACAGCGGAUCCUCUCCAAGUACAAAUUCCAUGAUGUUGCUGUUGAGGAGUUGCAGAAAAUCCAUCGCAUCUACCCUGGGAUUAAACCAUUCACAGGCACAUACACAUUUAGUGAUGGCACCCAAAAAGAUCUUCUGAAAUUAAUUGGUAACAUCCCUGUCCAGUAUGAAGGCCGCUCCUACAACUUCCCCAUUCAGCUGUGGCUGAUGGACUCAUUCCCCUUCACUCCUCCCAUAUGCCUCCUGAGACCAACCCCUGACAUGGUCAUCAGAGAAGGCAAGCAUGUUGAUGCUCGAGGACGGAUCCACCUGCCGGGGCUGCACAACUGGGACUAUCCCAAGUCAUCUGUGGUGGGCCUUCUGACUGAGAUGACUGCCAAGUUUGAGGAGGAUCCUCCACUGUCCUCAAAGGCCACAGGAGAAAAUAAAGACCCCCAUGAGCUUCUGGCUUUUGUCUCUAAUCUCCAGAUCAAUGAUGGGGGAAUUGGACAUCAUGAUCAACCGAUCAACAAAGUCUCAGUUAUCGGCGGGGGGGAUUUAGGAAUGGCAUCAGUGAUGAGCAUUUUAUCAAAGUGUAAAGUGGAUAAACUUGUUUUCAUUGACGUCGCUGAGAGUUCCACCAAGGGCGGCAGUACAGAUCUAGAGAUUUUCAGUCUGCCCAAGGUUGACGUAUCCAGAGAUAUGUCAGCCUCCGCGGGCUCCAGGGUUGUCGUGGUGACCGCGAAUGCAUGGAGCAGCGAGCAGUCGUAUGUAAGCGUGGUUCAGACUAACGUGGAAAUGUAUAGAGGAAUCAUCCCAAAUCUGGCACGUCUCAGCCCCAAUGCAGUAAUGCUCAUCGCUUCGCAACCAGUGGACAUCAUGACCCAUGUUGCCUGGAGGCAGAGUGGCCUGCCUCCGACACGAGUGAUCGGAGCAGGGUGUAACCUGGACUCAGAACGACUUAGUCACAUUCUGGAUAUUAACCUGAACACUCACAAACCAGCCUGGGUCAUAGGAGAACUUUCAGACAGCAAAGUUGCUGUGAUGAGUAACACUGGGCUGAGCACCCAGCAGCUGGAGAUCGCAACAGGAUCCAUCUCUACCAAACCAUUGUUAGACAGAGCGUUUGAGAUCAUGAAGAAUCGAGGCCAGCGGUCUUGGUCUGUGGGUCUGUCCAUUGCUGACAUCACAAACAGUGUCCUGACAGAUAAGAUGAAGACCCACUCUGUCUCCACAUUGGCUCAGGGCUGGGGUGGCAUAGGUGCAGAGGUGUUCCUCAGCCUGCCGUGCAUCAUUGGAUCAAAUGGUUCCACACGCUUGGCUGGAGUGUCACUGGGACAGGAGGAAGACUCCAAACUGAGGGACAGUGUCACCUCACUUUCCAACCUCAUUAGUGAGCUUAGGAUAUGAAGGAUAUGAUUGUACUCCCAGUUUUGGCUUAACUGACCAGUCUGGGAGCAGCAGCUGCUUACUGGCAGGGCAGUUUUCUAGUCAAGCCACCCUCAGCAGAUGGAGCCUGUGCUGAAGCUAAAUGUAGUUUCAGUUAGCUACUUACACUAGAUUUUUGAAGUUAUGGACAGUCUGUCUUGAACAUGUAUAAUUGAAUCAUAAGAUUUGUUUCUAUAUUGUCGUUGGAUACCGUGUAUUAAAUGUUGGUUAAAAAAAAAAAAUCUGAAAUAUCAAUGUACAGAUUGCAUUUUUAUAACUAAAUUUACCAGGACCGAGAAGUUACUAUUUUUGUCUCAAAGUUUGCAAUUUGGAACAUGUUACAACUGUUGUAUUUUUUGAAAGCCAUGAAAGUCUAUGCAAAAGCAUCUAAAGGAUAGUGAUGCUUGUAGUUUUGAACAACUAUAUUUUUGUCAGUAACAGCUCAAGUUAAAUUUGGCCUAGACUACUUUUACCAAAGAUGUGAUAAUGUAAUUAUUGUUAUUUUUUGUACUAACCCAAUCCUUAAUUCCUUUGGAGAAAAUCAGGGUGUUCAGGGGAGAUAAAGUAUGAGGUAUGUAUAUUAUAUGCACUACAGGAUGCUGGUGUUGAGUCAAUAGAUUGCCUUAUUUGCCGUCUUUGUGCCAUUUCCAUAUGUAAUGACAAUAUGAAAAAGCUUCUCAAAUGCCUUUACAUGUAAAUGGCCUUUGUGGGUGUGCAAUAAAUGUCUGAAACCAGA